ACAAGAGCCAUCUCGUGUAGCUCGUUUGGUCAGAGGUGCACAAGUCGAUACCUUUGCUCAUUAUGUUACCUAUCUUUUGCAAGGGAGUCUUACAAAACACAUAGCGCAUGUUUAACGGAGGCUCAAAAGUACGGUAAGAGCCACAAUGGUAUGAAGAGGCCUGGCCCAUCGAAACAAGAGCAAUGGACGCAAACGGUUAGGGAGGUGAUCAAUAACUGCGAUGUAAAGGACCCCCAGAUCCACUCGCUACUUCGCGAAUUAGAAAGUUGUCCCAACCUUCCGAGAAAGAAACCGAAAUUUGAGGUAGGUCGCUGUUUGUGA